AUGGCCACCCGCGCUUCGAACGCCAAUGAGCAUGUGGCGCCUCAGCCCGACUUGUCCGACUUAUCUGAUCGUUCGCGGGCUAAACCCCUCGGCAGACUCGAGCCUUCCCCAAUUCUUCCCCGUGAGGGGUCGAUAGACGUGGAGGGGGUCUUGGAUCAUGGCACAACAUCAGGACGCAAGCGCAAGCUGAAUAGCAUGUCAUCAAGAGGCGUCGCCAAUCUCACCCCCGAUCAGUUGGCAAAAAAGCGGGCCAAUGACCGUCAAGCGCAACGCGCAAUUCGAGAAAGGACCAAAGGCCACAUAGAAGCUUUGGAGCAGCAGGUCCGGGAGCUGUCAUCGCAGAAACCCUCCCUUGAUCUCCAAGCAGCUCUGCGGGAGAAUGAGGCUAUUCGGUCGGAGAACGCAGAGCUCCGUCAAGGGCUCAAGGCGGCAAUGGGCAUCCUCCAACCAUUGAUGGCUAAGCCCGAACUAUCAGAUCCAUCUCCUUCUCUAGCUAUACCCAGUCUCGCCCCGCCUCCUUUGCAUACAUCUCCAUUGCCCGACACCGAUCACCUCACUCCCAAUAGUCAACCACUACUUCCAGGCGAAAAAUCAUAUCCCGAGUCUACUGCCAGCCUUGAUACACCUUCGCCGACUCAUUCUGCACCUCCUCUUGGCAGUCGCCGCAAUAGUACCCAUGGAGGCCCCCCCUCCGCCUCUCUCCGUGUCGCAUUGGACUCGCAACGCCAUAAUAUCACACACGGCCUGAACCUCGGCUCAGAAGAGCGUCUAGGGUUUAAUUUCCUUCUUGAUGCUUCGCAUAGUGUUCCCAAAAUCGACCAGCUACACCGCAGCAGCUCAGAAAUCCCCCGCUGUCCUCCGCUGAAUUCUCCGUCACCAAUAUACCCACAUCCUUUGACUACUACCUCUGAGCAUGGGCCACCUGCAUUCGCCGCCCCAAUACAAAACUUACCAGCGACAUGUCCUUUGGAUAACAUUCUUUUGGAAUUUCUUCAAAGCCGGCAACGUGAGGCCGCUCAAGGCAUCCCUAGGCAAAACCUAGCCGGGCCACCGUACCCGAGUGUCUCCUCAUUGCUAAACCCAGAGAGAAGUGUCUACUCCCAUCCGGUCUCAAAGGUUUUCACAGAUAUACUGUGUGCCUUUCCAGAUAUCUCCUCUUUGCCGGAGCAGGUUGCCGUGCUCUACACCAUGUUCCUCCUCAUGCGCUGGCAAAUUUACCCUACGCAAGAGAACUAUGAGAGACUCCCAGAAUGGUUGACCCCGCGCCCAACACAAAUUCUCCAUCCACACCCUGCUUGGAUGGAUUACGUUCCCUGGCCCGGAAUGCGUGACAGGAUCAUUACAAACUAUCAGAACUACCCGUUUGAGAACUGGACCAUCCCAUUUACACGUGACAUGAACGUCAAUUGGCCAUACGAGGCUACGGAUUGUUUAUUGUCAGCCGGUGACUCGGACGAGCUGGUUAUUAACCCCGUCUUUGAACGGCAUAUGAGGAAUUUGUCUAAUUGGUCUCUGGGGCCUAGCUUUGCGGAGACGUAUCCAUCUUUGGCAGACACCGCGAGGAUCAAGCCGAAAACACAGCCCAACAGCUCAUAUAGAGUAGAAUCACCAAGAGACUACAAACCCGCCUAA